AUGCUUGGGAUUCGAUUUCUCGUGCUGCCUGUGAUUCUGACAGUGGUGUGCCAUGCACAUCGGGUUACUCGCAUGGUUCAGUCAGUUGCGGUAAGCGGUAUGUUUGUUUGUGGUCAAAGACCGGCAGUUGGCGUUCUCAUUAAGCUUUUUGAGUUCGACGGCAAUCUGAGAAAUGCAUUCAGUUCUGAAUUUGUUGACAGUACUGGAUAUCUAAAAGUACCGAACCACGACGAUGUUCUGAACGAAACUCACACAGAUCAUGAGGGACGCUUCUUCGUUCAUGGUACUGCACUGGAAGUGGGUCAAAUCGAGCCGAUAGUGAAAGUGUAUCACGACUGUCUACAUAGUGGACUUCCUGGAAAACGAAAAAUUCAUUUCAUCGUGCCGCCACACUUCACUAAUUACGGUACUCAUGCUGAAAAAGUGCUCGAUUUGGGUAUUUUCAAUCUGGAAGCAAUACUUCCA